UCGCGGGUCCCUUUUGCAGUGCGGAUCCAGUAGUUGGGAGUUCUAACUAAAAAGAGAGGAGCGCAAGGAGUGAGCAAACUGAAGUAGAAACAUUAGCUGAAUUUUGACACUAACGAACGUCGUUUUUGAAAGACUGUCACUUUUACUGCCCAGGAUCCAUCUUCCAGCCCUGUAGAAUAACGCCCUUGUUUCCCGCCUGAAAACUCACACGGUCGUGUCAGCUGGCAUGAGCUAACCCACCAGACAUGGAAACCAAACCUUUCUUGUCAUUGGGGUUCCUGAAGCCCCAGUGCUCGCUGGCUCCGCCCCCCCAGCGAGGACGCUCGGGGGAGGCCUGCUCCUGUUUCACCGGCAUGUGUCACCUCCACCAGCGCCGGAUAUCUACAGGUAACACUCAACGCCAUCUCCACAUCCCCUCGCCAUCUGCCCCGUCAUGGCAGACUCAGCACCUGGGAAGACACCUUUAUGAAAUAAAUUCAUCAGGUCAGGUGACCUCGUCUCCCCUGGGCUCUCCCACAUCCCACCGGGGCAUGCACCCAUCCCUGCUCAGCCCGUCCUCAAUGGGACCCUCGGGCUCCCUGCACUCUCCCAUCAGCACCCUGAGUUCUCCCAUGAACGGUCUGGGCUCGCCAUUCUCUGUCAUCAGCUCCCCCAUGGGCCCACACUCCAUGUCCUCACCUUGCAUGGGCUACGGCCCCAGUGUCAGCCCCCAGAUGUUCCAGCUGAACUCCCAGAUGAACUCGGUCAGCAGCUCGGAGGACAUCAAGCCCCCGCUGGGUCUCAACGGGGUGAUGAAGGUGCCCGCCCAGCCCUCACAAGGGUGCACGCCCCUCUCCCUCACCAAACAUAUCUGUGCCAUCUGCGGGGACCGCUCGUCAGGUAAACACUAUGGAGUGUAUAGCUGCGAGGGCUGUAAAGGCUUCUUCAAGAGAACAGUGCGGAAGGACCUGACCUAUACCUGCCGCGACAACAAGGACUGUCUGAUCGACAAGCGCCAGCGCAACCGCUGUCAGUACUGCCGCUACCAGAAAUGUCUGGCCUGUGGAAUGAAGAGAGAAGUUUUGUUACACUCAGCCGUCCAGGAGGAGCGCCAGCGGGCCAAAGAACGCAGUGAGAACGAGGUGGAGUCCACCAGCAGCGUCAACGAGGACAUGCCUGUGGAGAAGGUCCUCGAGGCAGAGCUCGCUGUGGAACCCAAGACAGAGACCUACAUCGAGACCAACCUGGGCAUGCCAUCCAACUCGCCCAACGACCCGGUGACUAACAUCUGCCAAGCAGCCGACAAGCAGCUCUUCACGCUGGUGGAGUGGGCCAAGAGGAUCCCCCACUUCUCUGAGCUGCCCCUGGACGACCAGGUCAUCCUCCUACGAGCAGGGUGGAACGAGCUCCUCAUCGCAUCCUUCUCGCACCGUUCGAUAGCGGUGAAAGAUGGGAUCCUCCUGGCAACAGGGCUACACGUCCAUCGUAACAGCGCCCACAGUGCUGGAGUGGGAGCCAUAUUUGACAGAGUGCUCACAGAACUGGUGUCCAAGAUGAGAGACAUGCAGAUGGACAAGACAGAGCUGGGUUGCCUUCGGGCCAUUGUCCUCUUCAACCCAGACUCUAAAGGCUUGUCAAACCCAGGCGAGGUGGAGGCUUUGAGAGAGAAGGUCUACGCCUCUCUGGAGGCCUACUGCAAACAGAAAUACCCAGAUCAGCCUGGCAGGUUUGCCAAGUUGUUGCUGCGGUUACCAGCCCUGCGCUCCAUUGGUCUGAAGUGUCUGGAGCACCUGUUCUUUUUCAAGCUCAUCGGGGACACGCCCAUCGACACCUUCCUCAUGGAGAUGCUAGAGGCGCCCCACCAAAUGACAUAACUGCAGGCGGGGCGUCACCCGUGUUCCCCUCGCCCCCUCCGCCCCUAACCCCCCUGGACACUAUUCCCCCUUGAGAGACAUAUGUGUCCCCCCCCCUUCUACCCUCUUUGAUGUGUUUCAAAAAAAAAGUUCAAUGUCUAUGGGUCUGUUUUAUAUAUUGUACAAAUAUAUAAAUCUAAAUAUAUAUAUAUAACUCAUGAGAGGAAUUGAGAGACAACGAUGGACUGGAGAUGAAACGGACCGAGGAGAAAAUAAGUGUUUUAAGCCAUUGUUCUGUAAGGUGAAACAACAACAGAGAAGACCAGGUGCAACACGUAGCUGUUUGCAGGUGUAUUUUUAACUGUGGCGAUUUCAUCAUAGGAUGCUCAGCAGCGUAGUAAUUGGGACAAUCGUGUUUUGGACUUGUUGAAGAGAGGCGGGGCUGCAUAGUCUGUCCCUGGCUCUGAUUGGAGCCGUCUCAAUUUUAGAACUAACUUAAUGUUCUGUGUGCAGAGGGGAGGAGCCAGGCCCGGUCUUGUCUGGUCCAAUCCGGUCAAGUCUUGUCCGAUUCAAUCCGGACUGGUCCGGUUGGGUCUGUUUUGAGGUGUAUUGUAGAAAAGGACUCAGAGGUGAGACCAUGCAGAUAAACGGUGCUCCACUCAGGUCUCUGAACCCAAACUAAGCCGUUUCUCCACAUCUCCUUAUUCUAUUAGCACUGUGUGAACAUAAGAGGAAAGACAAUACGUCACUACAUUGGUCCAGUGUUCAGAGGCUCAUAUAGCUUUAGAGACUGAUUGGAGUGAAAGCCUGCAGUGUGGCCUCUUUGGACCAGAGCUGGAUGACCUUCAUGUGGCCUAGUCUGUCUGCACAGAGAAGCUUUAGGCACAGUGUGUAUCUGGAGUCACCCUUACAUAGGCCCUAUACUACAUGUGCAUUACUGUGUGCUCUGGAAGGUUGACACAGGAAGGAAAGCAAACAGAUGUAUGUUUUCAUACUACAAGUAUUUUUCCUUUUUCCUGUCUUGAGUUAAGGUGACCACAAAAUGAAGAAGAAAUAUACAGAUGGUUUGACUGAACUGUACUGUAAGGAAAUAGUGUCCGCUGAUCUGAACUGUGCUUUUUAAAGUGAUGCCAUGUCUUCGUCAUGUCUCCCUCCACCUCUGACACCUUUUGUUUCCACUCUUCUGUGAAUUUCAACACACCAUGAUUGACCUUCACACAGCAACCAAGCAUACUGUUCCUCACAGUGUAACCUAGCUUUAGAAUGGCCUUUGACCUGUACUGGACAUUACAACCACAUACAGUAUUGAUGGUAUAUGUUUAAGAAUUUGCAAAACAAUUUGCAAUUACCUCUGUUUUCAUCACCCCCCUAGACAGCCCCAUGUCAAACAGUUAUUGGGAGAAGUGCUUCAAUACAUUCAUGUUCAUGGCUAGAUGUUCUCUUAUUUCUUGCCACUUAACCUAUUGCGGAGCCCAUGCUGCUCCAUUGCGAUCUCACCUCUGGGGCAGCCAGACCAGGCUGAGGCCCAGGCCAUCCAUCCAUCCACUCUGACUGGAGGAUGUGGGCCUGGUGAAGACAGAGACCGUUGACUGCUCCACUGCCCAGCCUCCCCUCACCCUCAGAGGGAUCCAUUGCCUGCACUUCUGUGGACAACACAGUUUCAUUUAAGUAAAAUUGAAAUGUUAAAUAUGUAAUGUUAUGUAUAAAUCUGCUAUAUGCCCAUAUUGCGCUUUUUUUCUUUCUAUGCUGCAAGCUGCUGCAUAACUAUGCAUCUAGCGUUUUUUUCCAAAGAUCGUCCAUAGAUAGUAUGGUUUGUUCUUAUUAUAAAGGGGUGGCUAAACCCUGUCAUGUAUGACAGCAGACUGAUUUGGAUUUCAAUCAACUCUAGCAGAGAUCCAGGACCGAGUUUGGCAGUCCACAUUAUGAUAGCAGACUAGGGAGAGCCAGAGAGAAACAGACUAGAACAUUUGCUUUGAGAUAGAAGAGGGUUUGACCAGCGAGAAUAGGGAAUUUGGUGACUAUGGGAGAGCUGUGACUUCCCCCUAGUGGAAGAGAUGCAGCACUGUAACAUUACUUGAAUUUUGUACAAGUAUUUAAUCAGAAAUUGCACUUUUUCAUGACAUUAUCAAUGUUCAUUUUUGUCUUUGGUCAGUCAAAACCUCAAUGUGUUUGCUCACAGAAAGAUUGAAUGAGUGACAAUAACCUCAGCAGGAUUGAUUGACACGUCCUUAGUCCAAAUCUAGCUCAUGUAUUUUAGAGAGGUGAUUGCAUUUUCAUUAGGUCUUAUUUUAAACUAUUCAGGAGACAGAAAAAAUUACUGCGGUGUUAAGGCCAAUUCUGUCUUAACAGUAUUUUUAUCAAGACUAAUCGUAAUUGUCUGUAAAAAAAAAAAAAAAAAAAUUCAAUGAAUUGACUCAUUGUUCAAAUGAUUCCAAUUUAAGCACUAGUAAAAGUAGUUAUCUGGAAAUUGCCUUCUCUGGAACAUGAGUAGGUAAAAUCAAACUGUUUGCACCUCAACAAACAUUUCAGAAAAAUAACCACAUGCAUUUUGAUGAUUCAUUUAUUUGCAAACAAGUUUGUCCAACUUUUUAGAUGUACACCUAAUAUACACCUGCUCACUUGUCUGUCUCCUUUUCUGCGCUUGAUCAGGUUAAUGUGAUUUGAGACCCCAGGUAUAUACUGUACGUUAAAGCCAUACGCAGAUGUGCAAGCUCGCUCACUCCUGCAGGGAAUGGACAGAGAAGGGUCCUCUGGACUGAUACAGAAAUGAUUACUUAGAAUGAAUAGCUACAGAAAAUGCUUUAUAUACCAUAAAGCUAUAUUUUGUCUAUAUGUGUAUAUAUUUAUAAAUAUCUAUAAAUCCGUUCUGUAAGUGUUUCCAGUUAAUUUAGCAACAGGGAGACAAGUAGUUCAGUUAAAACUGAGCCAGACCAGAUUUUUUUCAAAUGCCAUGUUUUUUUUGCAUUGACCUUGAUUCUCUAAAAGCAAAAGUAAGCAAAAGUAAAUCAACCAGCAUAAUACCAGCAGCGCAAAGCCCUAACCCUCACCAGCUAACAUCUGUUCUAUAUGGGACCUGAAAACAGCAGAACAUCUGGUUAUUACACACAAAAGACAUGAAGCCCUCCAAAGUCGACUUGUUGCUUAGCUACUUGUAUGUUCAACAAUGUUAUCAGGAAACACUGAGCUCAUGACACAAUCACAGCUUUCUUUGUCGCAUUCAGUAAAAUGUCAAGAAAAAACACACUUCUUGAUAUAUAUUUUUGUACAAAGGUAAUUUUAUCCCUUGCUUAUGUACUCUGUACCUCCCAUUUUCCUCCCGUGGGCUGUUGUAUACAUUGUUUGUGUAAAUGUUGAUUUAAAAUGGGGAAGAAAAUAAAUCAGACCUAAUGGACUGAGUGAGCAGAGUGGUUGCCGUGACACCCUGGUAACUGUCGCCUAUACUUUGCCUUUUCUGGCCUAUCGAUACAAUAUGGGAUUGUCCUCUCAUUACAUUUUUGUCCAUUUUUAACGAGAUGGAAAACGUCAUCUGUUCUUUGUGGGUUGUUCUCCGAUAUUCUAUCUUUCAUGGAAAGACAAAAAGAUUAUAAAAAAAAUCUAAAAGUAAA